AAAAUGCCAGAUCACCUUGGAGAUGACAUGCGCAAAACUAAAAAAGAUGAUACCAAGGAGGAAGAGAAGAAUUUCCAGGCUCUCGACGAAGGAGACAUUGCUGUUUUGAAAAGAUACGGGCAAGGUCCAUACGCGGAACAGCUCAAAACAUUGGACGCGGAUAUUGAAAACUGUCUGAAGAAGGUGAACGAACUUUCUGGAGUGAAAGAAUCAGACACCGGGUUGGCUCCACCAGCUCUAUGGGAUAUUGCUGCUGAUAAACAAGCAAUGCAGCAAGAACAGCCUCUCCAAGUUGCCAGAUGCACAAAAAUUAUCACCAGCGACAAGCACGAUCCGCGUUACUUGAUCAACGUAAAACAGUUCGCUAAGUUUGUUGUAGACCUUGCUGAUUCCGUUGCACCUACUGAUAUUGAGGAGGGCAUGAGAGUAGGAGUAGACCGUAACAAGUAUCAAAUUCAUCUUCCGUUGCCCGCCAAAAUUGAUCCAACCGUCACAAUGAUGCAGGUUGAAGAAAAACCAGAUGUAACAUAUUCGGAUGUCGGAGGCUGCAAGGAUCAAAUUGAAAAGCUUCGAGAAGUUGUCGAGACUCCACUUCUUCAUCCCGAGCGUUACGUUAAUCUCGGAAUCGAGCCACCAAAAGGAGUUUUGCUCUACGGUCCACCAGGAACAGGAAAGACGCUUUGCGCUCGUGCCGUUGCCAAUCGAACAGAUGCUUGCUUCAUUCGUGUUAUUGGAUCAGAGUUGGUUCAGAAAUAUGUCGGAGAAGGAGCUCGAAUGGUUCGUGAGUUGUUCGAAAUGGCUCGUACCAAGAAGGCAUGUCUUAUCUUCUUUGAUGAAAUUGAUGCUGUUGGAGGUGCUCGUUUUGAUGAUGGACAAGGAGGUGACAAUGAAGUUCAACGUACUAUGCUCGAGUUGAUUAACCAACUUGACGGAUUCGAUCCACGUGGAAACAUCAAGGUGCUUAUGGCAACAAACAGACCGGACACUCUCGAUCCCGCUCUCAUGAGACCUGGUCGAUUGGAUCGUAAAGUCGAAUUCGCUCUUCCAGACCUUGCAGGUCGUGCUCACAUUCUCAAGAUUCAUGCAAAACAAAUGAGCGUUGAAAGAGAUAUUCGUUAUGAUUUACUUGCUCGUCUGUGCCCAAACAGUACAGGAGCCGAAAUUCGCUCAGUCUGCACCGAAGCUGGAAUGUUUGCAAUUCGUGCUAGAAGAAAGGUGGCAACUGAAAAAGAUUUCCUUGAAGCUAUCAAUAAGGUUGUCAAGGGAUAUGCCAAAUUCAGCGCCACUCCAAGAUAUCUGACACAUAAUUAAUUGUACCCUAUUCGGUUUUCAUUCUCUUUCCGGUCCUCGAUUAACUUAUUUUCGCCCGUCCACCCAUUUUUUUUUGUACAGAUUCCCCAUGUCUCCGAUUUUUGUCUUAUUUAUUACAUCCUAUCGUCGUGAGAUGCACCCAAGUUGGCCCAACACUGUCAGAUGUAUUCGUUUCGAUUUUAUGGAUAAAUGUGAUUGGGUU